AUGAACCCGUGUAUCAACAAUCAUAUCGGCGGCGGAGUUGGUGGUGGCGGAAGCGGUGGCGCCGGCAACCAAUGCACGGUGCGCGAGCAAGACCGGUUCAUGCCGAUUGCGAACGUGAUAAGGAUAAUGCGAAAGGUUCUCCCAACGCACGCCAAGAUUUCGGAUGACGCCAAAGAGACUAUUCAGGAGUGCGUUUCGGAGUACAUAAGCUUCAUCACCAGCGAAGCCAACGAGAGGUGUCAGCGAGAGCAGCGGAAGACUAUCACCGCCGAAGACGUGCUGUGGGCGAUGAGCAAGCUCGGCUUCGAUGACUACGUUGAGCCCCUCAGUGUUCACCUCCAACGAUACCGCGAGCACGAGGGGGAUCACCGCGGCUCUAUCCGCGGUGAGCCGAUCCAGCUCAAGCGGGCUGCCGCAGAGGGUGGUGUGGAUAACUCGCCGGCUGUUGGGGUGUAUGGGUUGCCGCAGCUGCAGGCGGCGUAUCAUUUCCCGGCAACGGAGCCUCACCAUCACCACCACCACCAGCACCAACACCACCAUUUUGGAGUCUACGGGGGUGCUGCAACGGGUGGUGAAAUGGGAGGGUAUUAUAUGGGAGUGUAUGGUGAUCCGGAGACAGGUUCUUCUCAGGAGCUGGUGGAUAACUUCGACCUGUACGCUCAUUACAAGUAG